AGUGAGCCGUGUCAACGUUCCACGUGCCAGCAAGCGAUUCGCACCCUUCGUGGAGGUGCGAACAGCUGUUCCACAAGCCGUGCGACAGUAUGCGUCGCAGCGACGGACGUUCAGAGCGCCUCAAGCCAGGCUCUCUUUGGUGAGACCCGCACGCUAAUUAUACAUUAGAGGCGUCUACGCGCGGGAACUGAAGAGCAAGGGUCGCGACCGCCGACAAAAUUGAUCGGCGGCCGGUCAUCGGCGCUCUGCUGCUCCCGGCGCGCGUCGUCUCGAGGCGCCUACUUCAUAGCCGCCAGGACGUCCUUCGCCACGUCCUCCAUGUCGAGCGCCUUCAGCGCGGGAAACGGGCGCUUCAUGUCGAGCAGCUCGAGCACCGUCUUGCCACCGACCGUCACCACAAAGGCGCCCUUGCGGGGCUUCUCCUUGUUCACCUCGACGGUGACGCCGGGCAAGGCUUUGGCCAGCCGGUUCGCCCUGGUUUUGAAUGCGCCUCAGCUCUUGCAGGCCUCGACCUCUACGACGGCGCCAGAGGAGCUCGCGCUCGGCUUCUUCGCUUUGGCAGCCGACGGCUUUUUGGCUGGAGCUUUAGCCUUGGUUUUCUUCGCCAUCACUCUGUUAUCGAUGGGUUUUGCACGCGUGCCAGCAGCGUCUGUGUGCCCCUGAAAAACUUGCCAGGCGCGAGACCCGGAGAGCGCGCCUGUGCCGCUCCUCCAGCCUCCAGCUCUGCUAACUCUGAGAG